AUGCCCGCGGGCAGCAAUGGCGGCAGGCCCGGGAUGGCGUUCCUCUUCGCCGCUCCCCAGCCUGCUCGUCCUUCCCUUGGCGCCUGGCGCCGGCUUGCGGAGCUCUCGGAGCGGCGGCAGCGGCAGCGGCAGAGGAGUUGCCUGCCGCCCCGGACUCCCGCGGCCGCCGCGCCCGGCCUCCGGGCCACCCUAACGCCCACCGUGCUGGCCCCGCGUCUGCCACAGCCACCGCAGAACCCCACCAACAUCCAGAACUUCCAGCUGCCCCCAGGUAUGGUCCUCGUGCGCAGCGAGAACGGGCAGCUGUUAAUGAUCCCUCAGCAGGCGCUGGCUCAGAUGCAGGCGCAGGCCCACGCCCAGGCCCAGCCUCAGACCGCCAUGGCGCCCCGCCCUGCCACCCCCACAAGUGCCCCUCCCGUCCAGAUCUCCGCCGUACAGGCUCCCGGGACACCUAUCAUUGCCCGGCAGGUCACCCCAACUACCAUAAUCAAGCAAGUGUCUCAGGCUCAGACGACGGUACAGCCCACCACCACACUACAGCGCUCAGCCGGCGUGCAGCCUCAGCUUGUCCUGGGUGGCACGGCCCAGGCAGCAUCACUAGGGACAGCUGCACCUGUGCAGACAGGGACUCCCCAGCGGACUGUCUCGGGAGCAACCACCACCUCGACGGCUGCUACGGAGACCAUGGAAAACGUGCAGAAAUGUAAAAAUUUUUUAUCCACGUUGAUAAAGCUGACUUCCACUUGCAAACAGUCCACAGAGACAGCCGCUAAUGUGAAAGAGCUCGUGCAGAACCUACUGGACGGAAAAAUUGAAGCAGAAGAUUUUACUAGUAGGUUAUACCGAGAACUUAAUUCUGCAUCUCAACCUUACCUUGUGCCUUUCCUGAAGAGGAGCUUACCCGCCUUGAGACAGCUGACCCCCAACUCCGCAACCUUCAUCCAGCAGAGCCAACAGCAGCCGCCCCCCGCCGCACAGGCCACCACGGCGCUGACGGCGGUGGUGCUGAGCAGCCCCGUCCAGCGCACAGCCGGGAAGACGGCGGCAACCGUGACCAGUGCCCUCCAGCCCCCUGUCAUCAGCCUCACGCAGCCCACACAGGUUGGCGUCGGCAAGCAGGGGCAGCCCACAUCACUGGUGAUCCAGCAGCCUCAGAAGCCAGGAGCCCUCCUUCGCCCUCCCCAGGUGACGCUGACGCAGACGCCCAUGGUCGCCCUGCGGCAGCCACACAACCGCAUCAUGCUCACCACGCCGCAGCAGAUCCAGCUCAACCCCCUGCAGCCAGUCCCUGUGGUCAAGUCUGCUGUGCUGCCUGGAACCAAAGCCCUGUCCACUGUCUCCGCACAAGCAGCCGCUGCCCAGAAGAAUAAGCUCAAGGAGCCUGGGGGAGGUUCGUUUCGGGAUGACGAUGACAUCAACGAUGUGGCCUCCAUGGCAGGAGUAAACCUGUCAGAAGAAAGUGCAAGAAUAUUAGCCACAAACUCUGAACUUGUGGGCACAUUAACGCGGUCAUGUAAAGAUGAAACCUUCCUCCUCCCAGCUCCUUUGCAGAGAAGAAUAUUAGAAAUCGGUAAAAAGCACGGCAUCACAGAACUGCACCCAGAUGUCGUAAGCUAUGUGUCACACGCCACGCAGCAAAGGCUACAGAACCUUGUGGAGAGGAUAUCAGAAACAGCUCAGCAGAAGAAUUUCUCAUAUAAGGAUGAUGAGAGGUAUGAGCAGGCAACUGAUGUGCGGGCUCAGCUCAAGUUUUUUGAACAGCUUGAUCAAAUCGAAAAGCAGAGGAAAGACGAGCAGGAGCGAGAAAUCCUGAUGCGAGCAGCAAAGUCUCGAUCCAGACAAGAAGACCCAGAACAAUUACGGUUGAAACAGAAGGCAAAAGAGAUGCAGCAGCAGGAGCUGGCCCAGAUGAGACAGCGCGAUGCCAACCUCACGGCACUGGCAGCCAUCGGGCCCAGGAAAAGGAGGAAAGUGGAUUCUCCAGGACCGGGAUCAGGAACAGAGGGAUCAGGUCCCGGCACGGCAGUUCCCGGCAGCUCUGGCGUCGGAACUCCCCGACAGUUCACGCGGCAGCGGAUCACGCGGGUCAACCUCAGGGACCUCAUAUUUUGUUUAGAAAACGAGCGUGAGACAAGCCAUUCACUGCUGCUCUACAAAGCAUUCCUGAAAUGA